AUGAGUAUUUUAAAUGCGUUGAAAAGUUUCAAGGAGACAAAAGAACAGAAGUUGAUAAACAAAGCAAUCCGUUCCAAAGACGAAGCUCCACCAGAAACAAUCAUUCAAGAUCUUAUCAAGUUAAUGUCCGACCCAAUGUCAAAGCAUGUUAUUGUCCAAACUUUGAUUCGUGCAUUUGAAAAGUCCAACGAUGAAAAGAAGUUUAUUCGACUUCUUUGUGUGUUAUACAGACUAAUGGACAUCGACCAAGAGUAUUUCAUUCUCGCUCAUUUCUCCACCUCUCGCCAAAACAUAUUAAAAGGUCUCCCAAAAGUUCACUCAAAAACAACAGCGGUGUUUGCCUCUCACAUGUCGACUAAAAUAUUGUUAUACAACACAUACAAAAUUUUGUUAUCUGCCGAGAACGACGUCCCUGAUUUGAACCAACCAGAAAACGUUGACUUAGCUUUCACCAUCACAGAAAUUCUGAUCGAGUUAGCCAAAAAUCUGACAGAAGCAGACUUUUCACAGGCGGGUAUUUACUUCCACGUCGCUGACAUUCUGUUACUCGAACUGACUGUAGCCUUUUACAAAAUCAAUUUUUAUUCCUCCGCACUUGCCAACUCAAUUCUCGACUUCAAAGUCAACCACAUCGAGCGUUUUAUUGAAAUCUGCAAAAACAUUGACCGUGUUAGACACAAGUACUUCACUAUCCUUUCGAGUAAAUACAUCAAAGAGAAAUUCACGACUAUUCCUCGUCUCGCCUUCAUGCCGACAGGUCCUCUCCAGAAGUUUUUAACAAAAUAUUCCAACAACCUCCGGAUUGGUGCCGUCGACAAAGAAUUGAACGAAGAGAUUUUGAAAUUCAACACAACGUUCCAAGGCGAUAUUGUCUCGAAUGAUCAAAAGAUUCGCUUGUUCAUUAAUCGACCACUCAUCUCAAUAAAUCAGAACGAAGACUCAAAUGACUCGUUGUCAAGGUCCGUCUCAAGAUCGGCGUCAAGGUCAAGCUCCGCUAUGCUCGCGGGAAGCUUCGACAAUUCAAAGUUGAUGAGACCAGCACAAUCGCCACAUAUUGUGAAUACCUCGUUCGUUGCGGGAAAGCCAGAGGAACAACGAAAACAAGCAAAUGUACUUAAACCAAUCGCAACUCGUGCGACAGCAAAGAAGGAAGCAUUCGAGAGGUCAGCGACAUCGGCGGUAUUACUCAACCAACAAAACCUCUUCGACGACGAGGACGAUGAGACAAGCUUCUUGAUUUAA